UCACGUGACGGGGGCGGGGCGGCUCCGCUCGCCAAUCAGGGGCCGGCUCACGCUCCGGCGUGGAGGCUUCUUACCUCGGGCGCUGCAGAGCUGUGGCUCGGCAGGCUGUUCUCGCGAGAGCGCGGCUCGUGGUCAGCCGGGGCGGCGCGGCGGAGAGUGCGACAUGGACGCUCGUGAGGACUCCGUUUGGCCGCGGGCGACCUCGGAGCUCAUUCUGCUCCCAGUCACGGGGCUGGAGUGCGUGGGGGACCGGCUGUUGGCGGGUGAGGGGCCGGAUGUCCUGGUGUACACCUUGGACUUCGGGGGGCACCUGCGGAUGACGAAGCGAGUGCAGAGCCUGCUCGGCCACUACCUUAUCCAUGGGUUUCGGGUGCAACUGGAGCCCAGCGCAGACCUCAACGCUGAGGCCACGGUGGCUGUGUUCGGGAGCAAGGGACUCCGAGUCGUGAAAGUGAGCUGGGGACAGGGCCACUUCCGGGAGCUCUGGCGCUCCAGCCUGUGCAACAUGUCUGAUUGGAUCUGGGAUGCACGUUGGCUUGAAGGGAACGUGGCCUUGGCCCUGGGCCACAACUCAGUAGUGUUGUAUGACCCCGUGGGAGGCUGUGUCCUGCAGGAGGUGCCCUGCACGGACAGGUGCACCCUCUCGGCCGCUUGCCUGAUUGGUGACACCUGGAAGGAGCUAACCAUGGUGGCAGGUGCUGUUUCCAACCAGCUCCUGGUCUGGUACCCAGCAGCCACCCUACCAGACAAGAAGGCCGUGGCCCCUGACCGGCGGGUCAGUGGGCACGUGGGGGUCAUCUUCAGUAUGUCGUACCUGGAAAGCAAGGGCUUGUUGGCCACAGCUUCAGAAGACCGAAGUGUUCGCAUCUGGAAGGUGGGUGACCUGCGCAUACCUGGGGGUCGGGUGCAAAACACAGGGCACUGCUUCGGGCACAGCGCCCGCGUGUGGCAGGUCAAGCUCCUAGAGAGUUACCUCAUCAGUGCUGGAGAGGACUGUGUCUGCUUGGUCUGGAGCCACGAAGGCGAGAUCCUUCAGGCCUUUCGGGGCCACCAGGGCCGUGGGAUCCGGGCCAUCGCUGCCCAUGAGAGGCAGGCCUGGGUUAUCACUGGGGGUGAUGACUCUGGCAUUCGGCUGUGGCAUCUGGUAGGGCGUGGGCACCUGGGGUCGGGGGUCUCAGCUCUCUGCUUCAAGUCCCGUAGCAGGCCAGGUGUCCUCAAGGCUGUGACACUGGCCGGCUCAUGGCGACUACUGGCAGUGACAGAUGCGGGGGCCUUGUAUCUCUGUGAUCUUGAGGCCAAGUGCUGGCAGCAGCUGCUCGAGGACAAGCGCUUCCAGCCCUACUGCCUCCUGGAGGCAGCUCCUGGUCCCGAGGGGUUUGGACUGUGCGCCAUGGCAAAUGGGGAGGGCCACGUCAAGGUCGUCCCCAUCAACACGCCAGCGGCCGCUGUGGAGCUGACCCUGUUCCGUGGGAAGGUGCACAGCCUGAGCUGGGCCCUGCGAGGCUACGAGGAGCUCCUGUUGCUGGCAUCGGGCCCUGGUGGUGUUGUGGCCUGCCUGGAGAUCUCGGCUGCGCCCUCUGGCAAGGCGAUCUUUGUCACGGAGCGCUGCCGGUACCUGCUGCCUCCGAGCAAGCAGAGAUGGCACACGUGCAGUGCCUUCCUACCCCCGGGGGACUUCCUGGUGUGUGGGGACCGCCGCGGCUCUGUGUUACUGUUCCCAUCCAGACCAGGUCUGCUCAAGGAUCUUGGGCUUGGAGGCAAUGCAGGUGCUGGGGCACCCAGAGCAGGGGGCGGCCAUGACAGCGACGAGAACACCGCGACUGAGUGGGGCCCCGUGUCCGCCCUCCCCUCUCUGCAUGGAAAGCAGGGUGUGACCUCAGUCACCUGCCACGGAGGCUACGUGUACACCACAGGGCGCGACGGUGCCUACUACCAGCUCUUUGUGCGAGGCGGCCAGCUCCAGCCUGUCCUCAGGCAGAAGUGCUGCCGAGGCAUGAACUGGGUGGCCGGGCUCCGUGUGGUGGCCGACGGCAGUGUGGCCGUCCUGGGAUUCCAUGCCAACGAGUUUGUGGUUUGGAGCGCCCGGUCCCACGAGAGGCUGCAUGUCGUCAGCUGCGGUGGAGGGCAUCGCUCCUGGGCCUUCUCUGAUACUGAGGCGGCCAUGGCCUUUGCCUACCUAAAGGAUGGGGACGUCAUGCUGUACCGGGCACUGGGGGGCUGCACCCGGCCACACGUGAUUCUCCGAGAGAGCCUGCAUGGUCGGGAGAUCACGUGUGUGAGACUGGUGGGCACCAUCCCUGUGGGGCCUGAAUUUGGGGUCCCCAGCUUCAUGCAGCCUGACCACGGAGAGCCUGGCAGCGAGGGGCCGGGCCUAACUGACAUCAUCAUCACGUGCAGCGAGGACACCACCCUCUGUGUCCUGGCGCUCCCCACAGCCACGGGCUCAGCCCACGCGCUUACAGCCGUCUGUAACCACAUCUCCUCCGUGCGUGCAGUGGCUGUGUGGGGUGCUGGCAGCCCAGGAGGCCCUCAGAGUCCUCGGCCAGGCCUGACUGCCCACGUAGUAUCUGCGGGGGGACGGGCCGAAAUGCACUGCUUCAGCAUCACGGUCACCCCGGAGCCCAGUGCCCCAAGCCGCCUGGCCUGCCACGUCAUGCACCUUUCAUCCCACCGGCUGGACGAAUACUGGGACCGGCAGCGUAAUCGGCACCGGAUGGUCAAGGUGGAUCCGGAGACCAGGUACAUGUCCCUAGCUGUGUGUGAGCUCGACCGGCCUGGCCUCGGCCCCCUGGUGGCUGCAGCCUGUAGCGAUGGGGCAGUGAGGCUCUUUCUUUUGCAGGAGUCUGGACGGCGGCUGCAGCUCCUGGCAGAAACCUUUCACCACAAACGCUGUGUCCUCAAGGUUCAUUCCUUCACACACGAGGUGCCCAGCCAGCAGCGGAGGCUGUUCCUGUGCAGUGCAGCCACUGAUGGCAGCCUGGCCUUCUGGGACCUCACCACUGUGCUUGACCAUGGCUCCACAGCCCUGGAGCCUCCAACAGCCCCUGGGCUCCCCCACCAGCUGGGCCCACCCGGCCUGACCGUCCAGGCUCACAGCUGUGGUGUCAACAGUCUACAUACCUUGCCCACACAGGAGGGCCACCUUGUGGCCAGUGGCAGUGAGGAUGGCUCCCUGCACAUCUUCGAGCUUGCCGUGGACACACCAGAGCUGGAGAGGGCGGGUGGGGGUGCCGUGCUGAUGCCCCAGCUGCACGUGCUGGAAGAAUACUCAGUCCCCUGUGCCCAUGCUGCACACGUGACUGGCCUCAAGAUCUUGAGCCCCAGCCUGAUGGUCUCAGCUUCCAUUGACCAACGGCUGACCUUCUGGCGCCUGGGGCACGGUGAGCCCACCUUCAUGAACAGCACGGUGUACCACGUACCAGAUGUGGCCGACAUGGACUGCUGGCCUGUGAGCCCUGAGUUUGGCCACCGCUGUGCUCUUGGGGGCCAAGGGCUGGAGGUUUACAACUGGUAUGACUGAAGCAACCCACAGAGGCUGCCCACUGGGCAUGGCAUCUGCCCACAGCAGGCAUGACUGCCGUGCCCAGUGGGCCUCAAGGGAUGGCAGAGAUGACGACAGCCUCGAGUCCCCAGCCUCAGAGCCAGAGCUGGAGAGGAGUGGAGGCUGCCUGAGCAGGCCCAGGCCCAGGCCCAGGCCCCGUCCCCCCAACACCUCCCCACAGGAGGACGACGCCGUGUGACGGAAGCAGUGUAUUUCAGCACCAGACCUCUUGACACCACAUGUGGCAGUUUUCCCAUUUGAUGACUGAACACAUUCCCAGCUGUCAGGGCCCCUGGCCUUAGACGUGGCUCAGUGGUGGGAGGCCCAGCAUGGCCAGGCCCGCGUGGAGCACCUCACGCAGAGCCCGCAGCAGCUGUAGGCGGGCACACAUCUGAGUGAACAGGUGGGGCCGGGGCUCCUGGAGGAGAGAAGGGAUCUGCUGGUCUCGCCUUUGCUGCCGUCCCCAGGACCCCUCCUGCUGGGCACUCACCCCGAGCACGUGCACGCGGUUAUAGUAUGAACUGAAGUCCAUGCUGAGCUGUGCCAGGAACCUGCACACCUGCGGGCAAACGGAGUCACUGGCCAGUGGCCUGACUUGUACCCAGAGCAAAAUAAAGGAGAGCAGAUAGCGCC